ACGUAGUUGUAUCAGAAUUAACGUACAUGCUUAAUGUAUUAAUUCGAAAAGCGAUUCAUGUUAAAUUUAGCCUUGUCAUGGGCUAUAAAAUAGCAUAUAUUAUGUCUAUUUUCAGUACGUACUAUGACGUAAAACGAUUUGGAUAUAGAAAAUUUACGAAUCAUUGUGUGUGUUUAAAUGAUAAUGGAGUAAUCAUACAGGAAUUUUUAGUAAUAAAAAUGUAACGAUUUAAUAUGUCCUAUCAGCAAAAAGGAAACAAAAUUGUACAAGAAGAAGAAAAAAAAGAAUUAGGAAGUGGAGAUAAUAAUCGAAUUAAAUAAUACGUAAUCUUAGAUUGAAUUACUACAAAAGUGUGAAAUUAAUUGAAGUAAAGAUAAAAUUACAACAUUACAAAAUACACUGACACCUUAUUAAUUACUAGAAGGCCGCGAUGGAUUAAACGAAUUGACGGCAGAUAUAUGGUAAUUCUUCAAUAACCUAUACUUUUAAAGAAUAUCACUUUUGUUAAAUUCUAUAGGACAAAGUCCGUGCAUAAUCCAAAGGCACUUAUCCUAGUCUGUCAAGAUGCCUUAAUUUUGUUCCAGCCCCGAAAAUGAAUAAUGUAGUAAUCUUCUCACUACUAGUUUUGCCAUCAGUACUUGCUGCCAUUAAAACAGAUGUUGUUGUACAAAAGGCAAGCAGUUUGACUGACGACAUUCAAUAUGGAUGUGGCAGAAAAAUAACAUUUAUUUGCUCUUUUACGGAGGGCACUGCCGCUAUCUUAUGGAAGUAUUCAGACGAAGUAACACCAAUUGCUCGAUGUAUAAAAAAUGUCUGCGAUCUAAAUCCUGUUUAUGUUAAAGAGUUCGAAAUUUCAGUCGGUAUAGCAGAGGGUAUUUUUAAUUUGACAAUGAUAAAAGUGAAAAACAUCGGGAAAAAGUUGGUAUGUUCAGACGGAUUACACAGUGAUUCUCAAAUUAUUAGCAUAAAUGGUCCAGAUGUUGUUAUACAGAAAGCAGGCACUCUGGCUGAUGUAACACCAUCUGAAUGUGGCAGAAGCUUAACAUUAUCUUGCAUCUUUAAGAAGGAUACAUUUGCAAUUGUAUGGAAGAAUAGAAAUGAUAAAAUAGCAAUUGCUCAAUGCUUACAAAACGUUUGCGAUAUUAAUCCGGAACUUGAAGGACAAUACAAUAUUUCAUUUGAUAGUAAACAGUGUAUUUUCAAUUUGACAAUAAUAAAAGUUACUAUGAAAGAUAACGGAAGAAAUUUGGUAUGUUCAGACGGAUCUCAUAGUGACUCGUACAAUAUAACAGUCAGAGAUAACGAGCCACACCUUGCUGAAAACACAACAUCUGGGACCAUAUCAGCAACGUCUGGCUGUAUUUCACAGGACACGAACGUUUCUUUUAAAUGGAUAAUGAUCUCCGAAAGUAGUAAAAUUGAAACAGAAUUCAACCCAGAAAUCAGAGACAAAUAUGCAACAAGUUGUACAAAUAAUUCUGAUUGCGGAAAUAACAAGCAAGUACACUAUACAGAGACAAUUGUGGCCAAUGCCAGUAUAACUGGGAAAUACUAUCUGAAAGUAGCCGCGAUAUAUGGGAAUGUACGCAAAGAGUCAUACAAAUCUUCUAUGAAAUACAUUAUUGGAGAGCAAGAUGAAGAACAUUUCAUUCCUGAAAGCGAUUAUUUUGAUGCAUACAUAAUUUUGAUGAUUGUUUAUUCAAUGGCAGUUAUAGUUAUUGUGAUUGCAGUCAUUACAUACAGUUGGAACAGAAAAAAGGAAGAAAAUGAAGAGAACUAGAUAUUUUUCAAACGAUUCGCCACUUAAACAUUCGACGACUCGAUGAUUCACCACAUGUGGUUUUACAAGUGCUUUAUUUCACUCGGGUUUAAUCUGUGGAGUCAUUUUCUUAGGACAAUUGGAUCAAAAACUAACACAAAUUUAAAUAUCAAAACAUGUUUCGCUUUAUUCAGCUUCCUCAUUUGAUACAUAAAGAGAAAAAACGCGAGUCAUUUUCUUAUCAUACCAUUUUCACCUUUUGAUUUCAUUUGAUGUAAAUAAUUUAAAGUUGGAUCAUCACUGAUUUGAAAGCAACAUGGCGAUUAAUAUCAGGUAUAAGCAAGGGUGAAAGCAUAAUCAGUCGAGACGAUUUAUAGAAGCAUGAAGUAUAUAUAUCGUACAAUUGCAUAUGCUGAAACAAUGUGUACUUUCUGCUGUUCUGUACUGCUUACGAAUAUUUUAAGUAAAACAGAAUAUAUGUACUUAGUAAACAUAAUCAAUUUAUUUUCAAAGUAUUUCUAUGCAAUCAAAAUAUUUCUCUUCAAUUUUAAGGUUUAAUGAUUUAAAAAAAACAACUUUAAUUGGAUGGUCAAGUGUGACGAAAUCAACCUUAUUUGAAAUUUUAUGUAUUGGUUACUUAUCAACUUGUGUAUAUGUCCGGUAUAAUAAUUUAGAGUUGCGUCAGAAAUCACUUCAUAAACAACAAACUAAGGAAGCACAGAGCAAACUUCUGAUAUUUUUUCUUUUCCUAUCUUGUAGCCACGAGAUAUAACCUAGAAAAAACGUGCAGUUAACACAAAAAAAAAACUGCUAUCUCGUGACAACGAGUUAUCCGACCUAUAAGAGGAACGUCAUGGUAACGAGUUAGCUGAACAAUAAAAUCGAAGAUGAGUUCGAAAAAGUUGCCUCCCUUCUUAAAGUGGGAUAUUUACAAUUAUGUUACAUUUAAAGAAAACAGAACUAUAUAACAUUUGGCAAAAUAUAAAAAAGCUAAUGCAAUACAGAAUAUGGUUUGUUUCUAUGUAAAGCAUACAAUUAAUCACAAGGUAGUAAUAGAGAAUGUCUUGAUAAUAAGUAAGUAUUUUUUGAUAUACAAAUAAAUGACAUGUUAGAAUUUGAAACAACGUACGAGGAAAAUAGUCAAUUUUUAAUAACAGCCGCUUUUAUUGCUAAAAUAUGAAAAAGGCGAUGUAGGUUGAUUAUGUUUUCUUUAGCAGACAAAAUGCCUCAUUUUUGUGUCUGCUGCUACAAAGAAAGGCGACAUACAGGUUUCAUUUUCCGUCUGUCUGUCUAUCCGUCCGCCUGCCACAAAAUUUGUUCGUCUAGACUACUCAUCAAAAACUACUGUUACAAUUUCAUUUUAACUUAACAGGCAUUAUCAGUAACAAGUCUUGAAUUAAAAAGGUGUUUUGGUCUGGUAAUGAUUAUUGUGUUGCCAAAUACACAGAAACUUGUUUGGACUACUGAACAAAAACUAGUGCAAUUUCAUCCAAGAAAGGAUGACCAGUUGAUGUCUAGUUUUCAUAUCGUCAGCAUUUUUCGGUUCAAUUUUUUUUUGUCAGAGUUACGGCCUUUUAUGGUUUUUUAUUUUAAAGCUUGACCCGACUGUUCCUCUUAUAUCAUUAAUGUAAUUUCAGUGAAUCUUGACAGGAUUGAUCGAUAGCUCAUGUGCUUGAACACAUAUUUGUCUUAGUUAUGGCUCUUAAGUAAAAACAGUUUUUUCUUACUAUUAAUGAUUUUUGUGUUGCCAGUUGAACAGAUGAUGACAUAUCAACAAAAUAGCCACAACUAUUAGAGAUCUCAUUUUGGUAGUCUGUCUGUCCGUCCGUUCGUCUGUUACAAAAUUUGUCCUAAGAAACUACUGGUGCAAUUUCAUCAAAACUUUACAGGAACGAUCAGAAGCUUGUUGUUGGUAAAUUGUAAAACUAUAUUUUAGAAAUGUAUAUUAUUCUUUGUAUCUUUUGUGCGUGUGUUUUUUUUUUUGUUGUUUUUUUGUAUACCCUUAUCGACGUUAUUGCAACUGUGAUAUGUAUAAAAUUACUGGAAAUAUUAUAUCUCAAGAUGUGUUUAUAUGUUAUAUGCUUUGGCAUUCAGCCCAUAUACAUUUUUGGAUUAAACUCUUUACACACCUAUAUUAAGUUUGAAGUUUAUGACAUGCAUCGUGUUUUAUUAAUGCUCAAAACAUUAAAAAAAAGAUAAAUCCAAUUUUAUCAAUAAUACUUUAGCAGUUAACGUCCUUACAAACUGACAAUCUUUAAAUUUUGUUUAUUUUAACAUUAAAAAUCUGUGUAUGCUUUUAAAGUUUUAAAGCAAUAACUUACAUCGAAUUUUGACAGACACUUUUGGUCAGUUUAAUGUUGCCUACUAUUAAUAUACAAGUAUUAUUAAACUGAAAGUUGUUCGGUACCUGUCUACUAUUAAUAUACAAUGUAUAAUUAAACUGAAGGUUGUUCGGUACCUGUCUACUAUUAAUAUACAAUGUAUAAUUAAACUGAAGGUUAUUCGUGAUCUUUAUAUAAAUUAACCUUAAGUUUUCACUGCUUUAGUAUACAGUGUAUUUAGUAUAAUUUGUAGAAAAAAGCAACUAUAAAGAGUUACAUCAUAAUAUUGUUUUUAUAUCUAUCAUGCUUUGCUGUGUAUUGCACAAUAAAAGAUAUUUGAUGUGUUUACAAGAUCUCAUUAAGUAUUAACCUCUAAAUGUCCUUAUUUUUCUUAAACUAUUAUAGUUGGAACAGAAAAAAGGAAGAAAAUGAAGAGAACUAGAUAUUUUUCAAACGAUUCGCCACUUAAGCAUUCGACGACUCGAUGAUUCACCACAUGUGGUUUUACAAGUGCUUUAUUUCACUCGGGUUUAAUCUGUGGAGUCAUUUUCUUAGGACAAUUGGAUCAAAAACUAACACAAAUUUAAAUAUCAAAACAUGUUUCGCUUUAUUCAGCUUCCUCAUUUGAUACAUAAAGAGAAAAAACGCGAGUCAUUUUCUUAUCAUACCAUUUUCACCUUUUGAUUUCAUUUGAUGUAAAUAAUUUAACCUUAAGAUGAAAAUCAUUGUUUUCACUGUUUUAGUAUACAGUGUAAUUAGUAUAAUUUGUAGAAAAGAAAAACAACUUUAAUAAGUUACAUUAUAAUAUUGCUUUUAUUACUAUUAUGAUUUGCUGUGUAUUGCACAAUAAAAGAUAUUUGAUGUGUUCACAACAUCUCAUUCAGUAUUUACUUCUACAUGUCAUUAUUUAUCUUAAACUUUUAUAGUUGGAACAGAAAAAAGGAAGAAAAUGAAGAGAACUAGAUAUUUUUCAAACGAUUCGCCACUUAAACAUUCGACGACUCGAUGAU